UAGUACACGGUCAUUUAUUUCCUGAUUGUGCGGCAUUUCAUACAGCGCACUUGCUCGGUAUCAUUUUUACCCCUAAAAUUUCGUUAUAUUCAAACUGGCGAAUCUCUAGUAAUUUUCGAUCGAUCAAUCAAUUGCGUCUUUUAUUUUGGUAAUCAGUGUAGUGCACUGGGGUGUUGAAUUUUGGGAUGGUGUCGCUGUUGAAGAAUAAUUUGUCUGAGGAGAAUGCGAUGAAUUUGCCAUUAGAAAAUGGUGGUUCUGGAAGAGUGAAAUACAAGCGUAGAAGUGUUUCAGCUGUUAGGGAUUUCCCACCGGGGUGUGGACCAAAUGCAUGUAGAGUUGAUGGCAAUCCUCGUGAAACCGUUGAAACAGAAAGGGGUAAGAUUGAACUGGGUGAUGGUUUGGUGGACAGAAGUAGGCUGUUAGAUGGGGCUACAGGGGUUUCUCCAGAUGUUUGUGAUAAAUCACUGGAGUGUGGAUUGGAUGUGCCAAUAACCAAUACUGCUACUCAAGAAAUCACACAAAUGGAAACUGGUACAGUUAAAACUGAAUUGGAGACUUCGGUGGCAACACUGGAGACAAGUGAAAUGCUGAUUGGGGUUGCAGGAUUUUUUGAGUCUGAACUGCAGCAUCUGGAAACGUCACUGCCUGAGAUAGAAUCGGACUUUUCAAGAGAGACAAACAAUGAGGAUAUGGAGAUGGUAAUGGAGAUGGUAAGGGAGUUGAGCCAGGUAGAGUCACCAGCUUUAGAGAGACAAGAGCCAUGUGAUAGGGAUGUUUAUCCAGUGGUUAUGGAAAAAGAGUCCCAAGAGGCAAAAUUUUUUGAAUCUUCUACAAAUGAGGAAGCACAUAACACAGAAGUAAGGUCGGAAAUGGAUCAUAUAGGUGGGAAGGAACUUGUGUCGGAGCUAAAAAUUGAAGGUAAGCAUAAUGUUAUGGUUGCAUCAGGCAGUGAAAAAUCGAUUCAGUUGGUUAAUGAUGAUGAUAAUCUUCCUGUUGGGACAAGCUCAAGAAAAAAAAUUACUCCAAGAAAGGUUUCAGCCACUCGUGAUUUCCCUCCAUUUUGUGGUAGAAAUGCUCCUGUGCCAACAGCGGAUGAUCGUGUGAGAAUCAAUUCCGGGAGCAGUAACAGUAAGAGUGGUGUGAUUGAUGAUGCGUGUAACAAGAUUGUGAUUACUACGCAAAAGGAAAGUCAUGGUCAAAAGAUAUCAGAAGAUGGAGUUGAUCAGGGAGGUGACUCGGCCAGGGUAAUUGUGCAUGCUCUGAUGGCUUCAUGUGAUCCUUCAAGUCUAAAGGAAAGACCUAUUUGCAACUCGAAGGAGGUUAUUGUUCACCAAGAGGACAGAAUUUCUGAUAUAAAGAUGUAUGAUGAUGAGCUUGAUUUCCAAAAGAUGUCAGGAGAUGGGGUGGAUGAGGGAGGCAACUCGGGGAGGGUAGUCGUGAAUGCUCUAAUGGCAAAUUCAUAUGAUCCAUCAAGUAUCAAGGAAAGACCUGUAUGUAAUCUGAUGGAGAUUAUUGUUCACCAAAAUGAUGGAAGUAAAGCUAAGAAGCGCAAGUCCAGUGGGAAAGAGAAAUCUAGAUCUGGAAGCGAGAUUAAAAGGUCUAGAAAUAUUUUGUCCAGUAAAAGAGCAAAGAAGUCAGUAGCUGUUCGGAAGAAUCGUGAUGAAGAUGUGUAUGACUCUAUCAUGAGGGAAGAUGGAGAUUUUGCUGCAGAGCAUGCUGCACAAAUUGAAGACUCAUCUGUGAGUCGGGUACCUGGUAAAAUUGAGGUGACUCUUCCUCCUUAUGGUCCAAACACAUCUUCUAGUCAUGAUAUGCGUAACAGAGUGAGAGAGACACUUCGUCUCUUCCAGGCUAUUUGUAGGAAGAUACUGCAAGGUGAAGAGGCAAGAUCAAGGGGCGGAGAACUAUCAAAGUCAAAAAAGAAAACCAAGAGAAUUGAUCUCGAGGCUGCUAAGAUAGUUAAAGAAAGAGGAAAAGAAGUCAACACAGACAAGCAAAUAUUGGGAGCAGUGCCUGGAGUUGAGGUAGGAGAUGAGUUUCAGUACAGGGUAGAGCUGGCCAUUGUUGGAAUUCAUCGCUUAUACCAGGCAGGUAUAGAUUAUAUGAAGUAUAAGGGUGAUGAAAUUGUUGCAGCUAGUAUUGUUGCUUCAGGGGGGUAUGCUGAUGAACUUGACAAUUCAGAUGUCUUAAUAUACUCGGGUCAAGGGGGAUUAUCAGGAAAGGAUAAGCAACCUGAAGACCAGAAACUUGAAAGAGGCAAUUUGGCUUUGAAAAAUAGCAUUAAAUUUGGGAAUUUUGUGAGGGUUGUUCGAGGAUCUAAAGAGACUAAGGCUUCUGAGUCUGCAGAUGCAAGAGCCAAGACGGUUAUGACAUAUGUUUAUGAUGGGCUGUAUACUGUGGAAAGAUAUUGGCAAGAAGAGGGAGCACAUGGGAAGUUGGUAUUCAAGUUUGAAUUGAGAAGAUCGCCGGGCCAGCCAGAGCUUGCUUGGAAAGAAGUUAAAAAAUCCGACAAAUCUAGAACCCGGGAGGGUCUUUGCGUUGAUGACAUAUCAGAAGGAAAAGAACCAAUGCCAAUUUGGGCAGUGAACACCUUAGAUGAUGAAAAACCCCCUCCGUUCACCUAUGUAACUAGGAUGAUAUAUCCUGAUAGUUUCAACCUCAGUCUCCCCAAGGGCUGUGAUUGCAAGAAUGGAUGCCUGGAUGCCAGACGAUGUUUGUGCGCAGCUAAAAAUGGAGAGAUUCCUUACAACUUCAAUGGGGCAAUUGUUGAGGUGAAGCCAUUGGUAUAUGAAUGUGGCCCUUCCUGCAAAUGCCCUCCUUCAUGCUAUAACAGGGUUAGUCAGCAAGGGAUAAAGUUUCAACUUGAAAUCUUCAAAACAGAGUCGAGAGGCUGGGGCGUCAGAUCAUUGGAUUCUAUUACAUCCGGAAGCUUCAUAUGUGAGUAUACAGGAGAGCUUCUUCAGGAUAGAGAAGCUGAAAGAAGGACAGGAAAUGAUGAGUAUCUCUUUGAUAUCGGACAAAACUACAAUGACUGUUCUCACAGACCGGAUGCAGAGGCGAACUCUAACAAUUUGACUGAGGAUGGCGGGUUCACUAUUGAUGCUGCAUACUGUGGAAACGUGGGGAGAUUCAUCAAUCACAGUUGUUCUCCCAAUCUUUAUGCACAGAAUGUUCUCUAUGAUCACGAAAACAAGAGGAUGCCCCACAUCAUGUUGUUUGCUGCGGAGAAUAUUCCUCCCCUGAAGGAACUCACCUAUCACUACAAUUAUGCAAUUGACCAGGUCUACGAUUCCAACGGGAAGAUCAAGAUGAAGAUGUGUUACUGUGGUUCUUCAGAAUGUACUGGUAGGAUGUAUUAGGCAGACCUUUUGGUGGGCUUACCUGUAGUCUGUAGAGUUCCUUUCCAUAAAGCUCUUAUAGUGUCAUAUGACUAUCACUUCUAUAUUUGAGCUGAGAAUGAGGAGUGAACAAAAACUAGCGAGGUAGUUUCAGUGUAAGUGUUUGUUUGGCACUCUUCUAGGCCACAAGUCUAUCUUUUAAUCUUUUACAUCGGAAACAUCAAUAUAUGCAUCUGUCUGUUGUUUAAAAGCAAA